AUGGCGACAGUUAACGGCGUCACAACCAUCAUCCCUCCACCCGAUGGCUACGAGGUCGACUUCGCGAACCCACAGCGGAGGCUGGUGACGGAGACGUAUGUGGUCUUCAUCGUCGAGAACAUCUUGGCACUUGCGUUUCUUGGGCAGCGGCUCUACACCAAGAUUCGGCUUAUGAAGCAGUUCCAGAUUGACGAUGUCGGCGAGAGUCGCGGAUCUGAAAACAAAGAUUCCUCAGGUCGCAAUCGCGGGUUGCGCACCUGGGGAAGUGAUGGAAACGCCAAGCGCAAGUACGAUACGUUGAUGCGCACUGUAGACGGCGCGCAAGGAGACGGCGACGAUGAGAUUCCUCUUGCUAGCGUGGCUCCUAAAGCCUCGGGUGGGCGAGAGGCCAAGGCGCCGACCGGGCACGUCUCUUAUAAAGGAGACAACGAUAGCGAGGAAGCUAUCCUGUACGAGCGGACCGUCCAGGUCACAUAUGAAGGGGGUAACGGAGGCGACCCUGCGAAUCCGUACACACGUCAGGUCUGGCCAGACGGGCACCUGGCACCCCGGGCCCUGUGA